AGAAUCCAAAAUGGCGGGGAGUAACAAGUUUGAAAAUAAAUUGAAGGAACUCGAGGGCCGUUUACAAGCCGAAAAUGAUUCUAGUCGAAGAGAUCGUAGACCUAGGAACUUUGAAUUCAAAUUGGCUAGUCCUAGACGACAACAACAAAUUGGUUUUCCAGAUUUUACAGAUUUUGCUCAACAGGGACGGGCUGGCUCUGCCCCACCCUCAGCACGCAAUCGGGCAGGUUUCACACUACCGUGUUCUCCACAGUCUCCAAAACCACCAGACAGUGGUGAAAUAGAGCAGAAAUAUCAGGAAAUUAUGAAACAGUCUGGUCUUCUGACUAUAAACACACAGAGAGUACAGACAGAUAUUGCAAAUCUAGAAGUUUGUGGAGAACUAGGGCAUGGGACAUGUGGACAUGUUAUGAAGAUGCGACAUAAACAGACCAAUCAUCUAAUGGCAGUCAAACAAAUGCGGCGGUCAGGCAAUCGCGAUGAAAAUAAGCGAAUUAUAAUGGACUUGGAUGUUGUUAUAAAGAGCCAUGACUGUCCAUAUAUAGUGCAAUGUAUAGGAACUUUUAUAACUGAUAGCGAUGUCUGGAUUUGUAUGGAAUUAAUGGAGACGUGUUUUGACAAAUUAUUAAAAAGAUUACAAUCACGAAUCCCAGAAAAAAUCUUAGGAAAAUUAACUAUUUCAACUGUUAGGGCUUUAAAUUAUUUAAAAGAAGAACACGGUGUAAUACAUAGAGAUAUUAAACCUUCAAAUAUUCUAAUAGAUAUGCGGGGUACAAUCAAACUUUGUGACUUUGGAAUCAGUGGGAGACUUGUUGAUUCUAAAGCAAAGACUAGAAGUGCAGGGUGUGCAGCAUAUAUGGCACCUGAAAGAAUUGACCCACCAGACCCCAACAGACCCGAUUAUGACAUUCGUGCAGAUGUAUGGAGUCUAGGAAUCUCAUUGGUUGAACUGGCAACUGGGAUGUUCCCAUACAAAAACUGCAAGACAGACUUUGAAGUUCUAACAAAAAUUUUAGAUGAAGACCCUCCAUUGCUACCUCCUCACUCUGACUUCUCUAUGGACUUUUGCUCAUUCGUACAAGACUGUUUAACUAAAGACUACAGAAGGAGGCCAAAGUAUAAGAAGUUAUUGGAACACAACUUUAUCAAGAGGUAUGAGAUCACAUUUGUUGAUGUAUGUGCUUGGAUUGCUACUGUAAUGGCAAAGACACAAAGCCCACGAUAUAACUCUAGUUAAAAUCCCUAAAUAGAACUAAAUUAAAGAAUCCUCGUUGAAAACUAUUUAUGAAAGAAUCCAUGAUACAAUAUAGAUAGUUCAAAAAGAUACAAUGCUUACUGGAGCAAAAAGUCAGAACCAGCUCGUCGCCUCUAAUAAGGAGCCACACAAGUAGGUUAAACCCUGGACCCAUCACAUCACGCCUGGUAUUCUAACAACAGCACAGUUGCUACUGAACAAAAUGUAUCCCCAUUUAGAAUACAUAUUUUGAUUAUUUCUACAAUAUACGAGAGGUGAUUUGCGCUAUAUAUCUAAAAACCUGUAAUAAUGACUAGAUUUGGGUGUGUGAUGCCACUACUUUUUGUGUAAUCAGUGCAAAAGUUACUAGUUAUUUGGAAAACAUGUACAAUAAACAUUGUUCAAAACAUGUUCAAUAAGUAUUGCUAAUUUGGCUAUAACUUUUGUUCUCUUGUUUCUUCAUGAAACUUGCACAACAUAAGUAACACAUAUCUGACCAUAUGCUACUAAAAUUACUUGACUUUCAACUUAAUUUUGAAAAAGUAAUGGUUACUAUGGUAAUCAUUGUCAUGGGUAUGGGGGCGAAGGUCUGACAUCACUUUUGAA